UUGGGGGGGGUGGGGGGGCGGGGGAGAGAAAAUGAGGAAACAGAGGAACUUGCCACAAGUUGUGCGGCUGCGGCCACCAAGGAGCGCAGUACCCGCGGCUGGGGCCCCCCACUAGCCCCGGGGAAGGGAACGGGCUAGACAGGGGAGGAGCGGGGAGUGGGGCCCCAGCGGCCCAGCCUGGCUCUGCCGGCGCCGUCCCCCAUCCCCUCCUAUCCAGUGCUGUCCCGUGCGGUCCAGAGCCCCGGAGACCCAAGCAGGGCAGGUAACCCCCAGUAACCCCUGGAUCCUCCACAUCUCAGCCAAGAUGCCAACGAGACGCUGGACACCGGGCACUCAGUGCAUCACCAAAUGUGAACACAUGAAGCCCAAGCCAGGCGAGCUGGCCUUCCGAAAAGGCGAGGUUGUCACCAUCCUGGAGGCCUGUGAGCAGAGCAAGAGCUGGUACCGGGCUAAGCACCAUGAGAGUGGGCAAGAAGGGCUCUUGGCAGCUGGAGCCGUUAGAGAGAGAGAAGCCAUCCCCACUGACCCCAAGCUCAGCCUCAUGCCGUGGUUCCAUGGCAAGAUCUCGGGACAGGAGGCAGUAGCUCUGCUACAGCCAGCGGAGGAUGGGCUCUUCUUGGUCCGGGAGUCUGUGCGGCACCCAGGUGACUAUGUGCUGUGUGUUAGCCAUGGCCAGGAGGUGGUCCACUACCGAGUACUGCACCAUGGUGGACGGCUGACCAUCGAUGAGAAUGUCUCCUUCUACAACCUUAUUGACAUGAUUGAGCAUUACAUGAAAGACAAAGGGGCCAUCUGUACAAAGCUGGUGAAACCCAAGAGGAAACAUGGGACCAAGUCAGCUGAGGAGGAGCUGGCCAAAGCCGGCUGGUUACUGAACCUGCAGCAGCUGACCCUCGGCAGCCAGAUUGGGGAGGGGGAGUUUGGAGCCGUGUUGCAGGGGGAGUACCUGGGCCAGAAGGUGGCAGUGAAGAACAUCAAAUGUGACGUCACCGCCCAGGCCUUCCUGGAUGAGACUGCUGUAAUGACGAAGAUACAACACAAGAACCUGGUGCGGCUGCUAGGGGUCAUUCUUCAUCAAGGGCUCUACAUCGUCAUGGAAUACAUGAGCAAGGGGAACCUGGUGAAUUUUCUUCGGACCCGGGGCCGGGCCCUGGUCCACAAGGCUCAGUUGCUGCAAUUCUCCUUGCACGUGGCUGAGGGCAUGGACUACUUGGAGGGUAAGAAACUUGUACACCGAGACCUGGCUGCCCGAAACAUCCUCAUAUCUGAGGAUCACGUGGCCAAGGUCAGCGACUUUGGUCUGGCCAAGGCUGAGCGAAGAGGCCUGGAUACCAGCCGACUCCCUGUCAAGUGGACUGCACCUGAGGCUCUGAAACAUGGGAAAUUCUCCAGUAAGUCAGAUGUCUGGAGUUUUGGGAUCCUUCUGUGGGAAGUGUUCUCCUAUGGCCGGGCUCCGUACCCCAAGAUGUCUCUGAAGGAGGUGUCUGAAGCUGUGGAGCAGGGUUACCGAAUGCAGCCCCCGGAGGGCUGUCCUGCCAGUGUCUAUGCCCUCAUGGGCAGCUGCUGGGAGGCAGAGCCUACUCGCCGUCCGGCCUUCAGGAAACUCUUGGAGAAGCUGGCCAAGGAGCUGAGGAGCGCAGCAACAGAGCCCGUUCCUGAGGGCAGUGCAGCCGGACCCCAAAGCCUCCAAGAACCUUGAACCUCUAGUCCUUGUGCCCCCAAGGCUGCAAGCCAGACUCUAUAGGCUAAAGUGGAGGGCUCCCAGGGGCCUUGCCCAGCCCACCCCCACUGGGGACUAGAGGGAGAUUGGAGAAUGUCAAAAUGCCUCCUCUUUUCUCCUUUCCUCCCUGGAUAAUUCCUGGGCUGAGAGAGCCAUCCAAAGGGGGACCGGGGCUGGGUGGGAAAGUGCAUGGGGUGGGUAUGGUAGAGCUGCACCAGAGUUGAUACAUGCCCUCCCCAGCCUGGCCUCAGUUUCCUUGGGCUACAGUCAUUGCUCUGCUGGCAGUGCCUACUUGGGGAAUAGCCAGGGGAUGUGGGCUUGGAGAUGCCCCCAGAUGGCCUCUAGUAAUCAAGAAGCCCAAGGGUGGGCCCUGGCAAGCUGGGAGAAGGCGAUAAAAGACAUGGAGUCUUUAUUAUUCUGAGAACAGGCUUCUGUGUCUCUUUGUCCCUUGCCCUUGUUAACUCCCCCCACAGAGAUCCUUACUGCAUCCCACAUGUGACAGUCGGCUGGGGGCAGCAUCCCUCUUCCCCAGGCCCAGCUCUCAUAUUUGGUAACGCACCAUGAACGUCCAUCCCCUCCCUAAGCUCUUCCUCCAAUCCACCCUGAAUCACAGCUUUCUGUCAUCCUGCACCCACGGUGGUCUUCCUGGUGGAAGAUCAUGGAAAGCUGUUCCCCUCCUAGGGAUCUGAUCUGGGAUCACACGCCCAGUUUGACGAAGGAUCUGUUCAUGGGACCCCACCGCCUCUGACUAGCAGAUAUCUUGGAUCUCACACCCAUGGUGGUCUAGAGAAGGAGGAUUCUCUUUCCUUUGGAACUCAUCCCAGGAAAGGGAAUGGAGCUCCUGGAAGCCAUUGGGUGCAAACAGGCCUUGGAAUGAGCUGGAUGCUGGGGGAACGAAGAGAAGCUCACUGGAGCUCCAUGAAGUAGGAUCUUAGAGGCUCUGCAUCCUACACCUGAGCAGGAAGCAUCUCCAGCUGCUUGAAGGCUGAGGGAGGAAGCCUUGUACCUCCUGAGUCUGCCCAUUGCUCUUGGAGUAGCAGCAGCUCUUAGGAAGUCUCUCUUUUAAAGUCUCCAUCUUUCCCUUCGUUCUGCCCCUGGGGCCCAGCAGAACAAGCCUGCUCCCUCUUCCAUACGAUAGUCUCUCCAAUACUUAAAGAUAGGGCUUGUGUCUUCCUAAAGUCCUGAUCGUUGCCAAAUCUUUCAUCCAUCCCUGUCAUCUGAAAAGACAGAAACCAUGCCCUUAUUUUCCCCUUGAAAGCCUUGAGGCUCCUUCUGAAGAAAGCUCCGAGGAUUGGGGUCAGGCCUAGGGGUAAUGAGGGGCCACCACAGCACCAUACCCCAGCUCUCAGAGCACAGCCUAAGGGUCAUCUGUCCCCUGUCCUUCAGGGGCCCAGUAAUCUGUGUGGGCUGGUCUUUCUCCUGCCCCCUUAGGGCCUCUAAGCUGACACAGCGUCUGGGAGCAUCAGCCUCCAGGACAUAAGAGGCUCAGGCCCAGGCUAAAGCUACAGAAUAUCCUAACCCUCCCUGAUUCUACCCGCCUGUCCUCUUAACUAAUUUGCGGCCAAUUAGUAUAAUUGGGAGACUUGUAAAGAUGAAGCUCGUUAAUGUUUUAAAGUGAUGAAGCAAUUAGGGGCCUCGCAAGGAGGGUAAUUAUGGAGGGGGCUCCCCCUCCCUUUCCCAGCCUGCUCCAGUCUCCAACACUAUCUCCGUGGUCAGCCUGGACAAACUGACCGGGGCCGUUGUGGACAAAGAAGGUCAGAGCAAGAAAGAGAGGCCUUUGAAAUCACCUAGGCCUGCUUUUAUAGAGAAGGAAACUGAGGCCAAGGGAGGAGGUUGGGACCGUCUAGGCUUGCACAGUGAGUCAGCGGUGAAGCUAGGACUAGACCCCAGGUCUCCUGCCUUUCCACACAACUCCAAAGUCUUUCCUUCACGGGCAUGGUGUAGUGGGUCAGACUUGGGUUUGAAUGCUGACCCUGACACCUGCUAGCUGUGUGACCCCGGCCUCUUUCUGAAUGUCAGCUUCUUUGUAUGUCAAAUGGGGAAAAGAACACCACCUGCACCAUCUAUACCACAGGGUGGCUGUUAGGGAAAUCUUUUGCAAACCUGCAAGCCUUUUAAAACUAUUAUUUCCCAAUCAACAAGUGUUUACUAAACAUCUCCUGGUGAUCAGGAACUGUGCUGGGCACUGGAGAAAUAAAGAUAAAAAUGGGUAGCUGGAGACCUGUAUCUAGAGUGGAGACAUAAUGGAGGUAGGCUUCUCCUUGGCCUUGCACUAUGAGAGGGUAAUUUCCCAAAUAUCUGGGUCCUGGAGCCCAAGUCCACCUCUCCAGAAUCUCUUCCUUUUUCUUUUCCCCUCCCCAAGUCCUGGGGAGGCUCCUGGAAUCAUCUGUGAUGUCAGUGGAAGGCAGUGAAUGCAGCCUCUGUCUGCAGGUCAGGGUCUCUGAAUCUGCCUCUUGACUUU